AUGUCUAACAUUUUUGCUUACAUGUACUCAAGCUCCCGCGUCGAUAGACGUCAGGCUUUUGGAGACGAAAAAUCCGAGCAGAAUUACUUGACUGAUGUGUUGCACAAGUCGUUGGUGCUAUCCGGUCUUGUGGGUGGCUUUACCGAGCAUGGAGGAAUAGGAAAACCCGAUUCGCUCACGUUGAAGACCGAAGCCGACAGUGGACUUGCUACUGAGGAGAACAUGGGACUUGUGGUGGAGUUCAAGUCGACCCACAAUCUUCCCUUGCCCAUGUCUGCUGUUGCUAUAGUGAAUGCAUACAAUGAAGCCUAUCGUUUGGUGACUCAGGAGAAAUGGGGCCGAACCACUGCUUGGUCUCGUAUUUGCCAUCCAAUUGGGCAGCUGCUUAAUUACAUGGUCGAAAAUGGACGACGCUUUGGGGUUUUGUCAUCGGGCACUAGGGCCAAUUUCCUCCAAAUUCAAGGACAUGGUGGUGAUGCUGUGAUCUCGAUCAGUGAUGCUUUCUUGGUUGGCCAACGAAACUUUCUGCGGGCUUGGGCUUUUGCUCACUCGUUAGGUUGUGCUCAGGCAGACAAACUUGCUUCCAAAUCCCUUGGAUGGAAAUCAUCCAACGGUGAACAUCCAACACCUCCAGCUAAGAGAACCUAUCAGGGAGACCUACCUAAUAAAACAAUCGAGGAAGGUGAUGAGGAUGACGUGGGUAUGAAACCUACAGACAAGCCUUCUGCAAAUACUGCCUCUAAUGGAUUGGAGGAGGUGCCGUUUGAAGACGUUGAAAGAAUCCUUGGUGUUCUUGGGUAUGGACACAAUGGAGUUGUGCGUGUGGCAAAGUGGCAUGGAAAGGAGGUUGCCCUCAAGCAGUUUGAUAUCGGAAAAGAUGGGUAUGGUUACUACAACAACGAAAUCAAGGGAUACAUGGCAGUGGAAGGUGCCUGGGGUGAGCUAGUGACAAGGCCUCUGUUUGUGUCAGAUUCGUGGUCCGGUUCAGUCAAGUUUAUUGGCUUACAGUUGGGACAAAAUCCUGCUCCAGGAGAUGACAAUUCGGGUUGGAGCAGCGUUUUGACUUCUUUGGAAGGACAGUUUGGCUUUCGUCACGAGGAUGCAGAUGAUGGCAACAUGGUUUUUGUGGUGGACGAGGUAACUGGACGGGAGAAACUUGUUGCGAUUGAUCUUGAGGCUCAUACUAUGGUCGCAGGGGUACACUAG